AUGCAACGAAAACGCGUUGAUAACUAUCACAAUGUCGCGCCGUUUGUGUCCGUAGGCAAACAACCUGAGUUAUUGGAAAUAGUACGUUUUUUUCAAGAGCUCGAUCGAAAUAAGACUGGUUACAUCCGCAAAGGUCAACUAAAGAGAUGUUUGAUAAAAGCAAAUCGUCAAUCAAUAAAGCCAAUUAUUAAACAUUUGCUGCAUCAAUUGGAUGCCGAUGAAGAUGGGCGUGUGUGUUUCAUUAAAUAUUACGAAUGUAUGAGCAAAAUCUUGUCUAACGUACACAAAAGCACCGAUGAAUCAUCGACGAAGGCGAAAGAUGAGAGUUUUGUAUCAAAAAAUCCACCUUCAAAACACUCCAGUCUCUUGCAAAUACAAGUCGUACUUCAUCCAACGGAAGAUGUGAAAACACGAUCUGUGUCUAUCAACUAUGUUCCAAGUAGAAGGAGUUGCUUUAGCAGUAGUAUGAGAAAAGAUCUAGUCGACAGUAUCUAUGCAACCAUCAAGAACCAUCCACUCUACCAUUGGCAUGAAGCGCAUGGCGAUGCAAUUUGUGCGUAUCGUGCAGUACUGAUGCGUGCAAUGGCCGAAACAAUCUGUUCUGAAAUGCCAGGAGCAUCUGGAGCGCUAGCCUACAUAUCGUUCGUCGGACUCCAGGGAUCUCCCAGAUCGUCCUCUAAGAUGAACAGGCCCGACUACUACGCUUCUCAAUAUCGGCCAUUUUAUAUGGAAACGUCCAAUGGUUUUCGGGUACCUUUCCGAAGAAAUAUGAUUUCUCUUCUGGAUUCUAUACGAAUACCACAUGUUGCCUUAUGUGUGAAUAUAGAUGAUAAAGGGCCAGUAGUCAUCGAUCCAGCGUAUGCUAUUGACUCAUCUUCUGACGGUCCAUUCACAAUUGAAGACUGGAUCAAGCAACACAAUGAUUAUAACAACUUCGGCGAACACGUUGAACAUGGAUAUGUAGCGAUUCAGUCAGAGUGGUUUCCUUGGGCAAUGAGCCAUUUGUAUCUAUUGUCAGGCGGAGAGGCACUACUCUCUUCGGAUUUCAUGGCUAUGCCUACGCUCGCACACGUUAUCAACGUCCUUACUAUGUAUUGUCUGAUGUUAGCAGAAAACCAAUGUCCAGCAGACCGUACACCAAGUCCAGACGAAGUCGAUGUUUAUUUCAAAGCAUUUGCCAUCAGACACGAUCAAAAGGAAGACAUGGUACAUUAUAUGAAUAAUGUUGAACAAUAUGUCAAAGAACUUGGCGAGAAUUUUCCUCCACCAGGUCCUGCUCCUCUUCUUCCACCACCAGAACCAGUCUAUGUCAUCUUGAGUAAUGGGAUGUCUACACGCAUCUCCUGUACUUCUACAAAUGAGAGACGCAACAGACAAAGAGAUUAG